CUGUAGCAUAUGCUAUAGGCUGUUUUCAGAUCGAUUCUGCUCAAAAGUUGAGUGAGCGCCAUAUUUUGAAAUGUCUUUCGCUCACUUCAUUCGUGAAAGACAUAUGUCUUUCGCCCUCUAUCUGAUAAAAUAAGCAGUUCUACCAACCUUAAUUUGCAUGGAUAAAUUCCUUUUAUUCCAAAGCAUCCAUUUGUUUAAUGAUAGAUAACUUUCAACUGGUUACAUUUAUGUAUUUCAUCACUAAAGAUAUUUCAACUGCGAGAUGUCUUUCAAGAUGGCGGCAUUCUGAUAGAUUUGCCAGAGAUGCUGGCUGUAACGGCUCAUUUCAUUGGUCGACAUUUUUAGACCGCGUUUUUUCAUUGGUGUUAGACUUUUCUUGCCAGACUUUUUCUCUAUAAAUAUAAGUGUGUCACUGGAAAAACCUUAACCUUCACGCCUACGUAAAAAAUAUUUUGAGCUGUUUACAUCAAAAUUACCAAUUUGUGAUGUAUUGCUAAAGACUACUGAAUCAGUUAUUAAGUUAGUAAAAACUUCCAGCAAUCUAUAUUGCUCAUUACAACCAUGAACUUAAAACUGUGUUGACUUUAAUUUCUUCCGCCUGCCAUUACUGACUUAGCACCUACGGGUGUUACAAGUGGUGUCAUACCAGUGGGAUCACCUUAUAGGAACCCACACGGCUAAUGAAGAAUUAUCGCGUACUACUUACAAAAGAGUGACAUAACAUUUAGAAUGUAAACAAAAGUAUCAAAGUACUUGAAGUACAAAGUAAACAAUUAAAAAAAAAUAAUAAUAAAAGAAGAAAAACAGUAUCACAGUAUGAGCUUAUCACAGGGCCUAUAAAUAACAAUAGCAAUAAAUAUAUAAACAGAAAUAAGAUCAAUAAAUAGAUAGAUAUAUAAAUAUAUCAAUCAAAAAUAGUAUUGUUACUAGAAGUAAGCAUUAAAACAAUUAUAGAAAACAAAUUUAGAAAAAUCUAAAAGAAGAACAAACACAACUGAUUAUCUUUCAUUUAUUUGCUGAUAAGUAUGGCUGAUUCAGACAGUGAAGUAAAUUUCAAUAUAAACAAUCAAAAUGAGGAAGAAGCAGGUGGUACUGCUCAGUCUCUGGAACCACAAGAACAACCUCCAUCUCCAGCUUCAGUGAUGAAUGCAGAGGAAAGUGACACAGAUGAUGAUGUGCCACAUCUUUAUGAACCUCAAGCACAACCUCGACAAAGACCCGCUAUGAGAGAACAACCAGCGGUGCCUCAGAACAGAAAUCACUCAAACAGAUCAAAUAUCAGGUAUUUGGAUCUUCCAGUAAAUCAACCAGGUCACUAUGAGGGCCAACAGCCAAAGAAUGGUCAUUUAACAAUCAAACCUCAGUGCUUCAGUGGUGAGGAAGACUGGGAAGUUUACUUGCGUCAUUUUGAAGUAUGUGCUGAACUUGGCCAGUGGACAGAUCGUGAGCGAGCAUUAGCACUUCUAGCCAGCCUGCGGGGUGAAGCUCAGAACUUUUCUAUGACAAUUCAUAGUGCGGAGAGGGAGAGGUACUCAGACAUAGUGUAUCACCUUAGCCAAAGGUUUGGUAAAGCCAGACAGCAACCAAUGUGGAUGACAAGGUUCGAAGCCCGACUUAAAGGUCCCAAUGAACCUUUGCUAAGCUUGGAGAUGAUCUGCGUCGUUUAG